AGAGGUCCGAUUCCCAAUCUCUCAGAAAAGAAAAAGGCAAAGCAUAGAGAAGAGAGAGAUAAAGAGAGAAGAACUCAUCCAUGUUCGAGCAUACUCUCUUGCCUCUUCUUUUUCUCCCUUCGCUUCUAUCUCUUCUCCUCUUCUUGAUCCUCUUGAAGAGAAGGAGUCGACACAGAUUCAAUCUUCCUCCGGGUAAAUCCGGUUGGCCAUUUAUAGGCGAGACCAUCGGUUAUCUCAAACCAUACACCGCCACAACUCUUGGUGACUUCAUGCAACAACAUAUCUCCAAGUAUGGGAAGAUAUACAGAUCGAGUUUGUUUGGAGAACCAACGAUUGUAUCAGCUGAUGCUGGACUUAACAGAUUCAUAUUACAAAACGAAGGAAGGCUCUUUGAAUGUAGUUAUCCUCGAAGUAUUGGUGGGAUUCUUGGGAAAUGGUCGAUGCUUGUUCUUGUUGGAGACAUGCAUAGAGACAUGAGAAGUAUCUCACUCAACUUUCUAAGUCACGCUCGUCUCAAAACAAUUCUUCUUAAAGACGUUGAGAGGCACACUUUGUUCGUUCUUGAUUCUUGGCAACAAGAGACUGUUUUCUCUGCUCAAGAUGAAGCCAAAAAGUUUACGUUUAAUCUAAUGGCGAAGCAUAUAAUGAGUAUGGAUCCUGGAGAAGAAGAGACAGAACAGUUAAAGAAAGAGUAUGUUACUUUCAUGAAAGGUGUUGUCUCUGCUCCUCUCAAUCUCCCAGGAACUGCUUAUCGUAAAGCUCUUCAGUCACGAGCGACGAUAUUGAAGUUUAUUGAGAGGAAAAUGGAAGAGAGAAAAUCAGAGAUUAAAGAAGAAGAUGAAGCAGAGGAUGAAGCAGAGAUUAGUAAAAGUGAUCAUCAUUAUGAGAGAAAACAUAGAACAGAUGAUGAUCUUUUGGGAUGGGUUUUAAAACAUUCAAAUCUAUCGACGGAGCAGAUUCUCGAUCUUAUUCUCAGCUUAUUAUUUGCUGGACAUGAGACUUCCUCUGUCGCCAUUGCUUUAGCUAUCUACUUCUUGCAAGCUUGUCCUAAAGCCGUUCAAGAACUUAGGGAAGAGCAUCUUGAGAUCGCGAUGGCGAAGAAGAAGCUCGGAGAGACAGAAUUGAAUUGGGAUGAUUACAAGAAAAUGGACUUUACUCAGUGUGUUAUUAAUGAGACUCUUCGACUUGGAAAUGUAGUAAGGUUUCUGCAUCGUAAAGCACUCAAAGACGUUCGGUAUAAAGGAUACGAUAUCCCUAGUGGGUGGAAAGUGUUACCAGUGAUCUCAGCCGUACAUUUGGAUAAUUCUCGUUACGACGAACCUAAUCUCUUUAACCCUUGGAGAUGGCAACAGCCGCAAAACAACGGAGCGUGCGGGUCGUCUUCGUCAGGAUCUGGUAGUUUUUCGACGUGGGGGAACAACUUCAUGCCGUUUGGAGGAGGGCCAAGGCUAUGCGCUGGUUCAGAGUUAGCAAAGCUAGAAAUGGCAGUGUUUAUUCAUCAUCUUGUUCUUAAUUUUAAUUGGGAAUUAGCAGAAGAUGAUCAACCAUUUGCUUUUCCUUUCGUUGAUUUUCCGAACGGUUUGCCUAUUAGAGUUUCUCGUAUUUUGUAAAAAGUUAUUUAAAAGUGUUUCAUUUUGUUCUCCUCUUUUUAUAUAUUUUUAAUCAUUUUUUGUCCGAU